UGCUACAUUCAAUACAUCACAUAAGACGCGUGGGCAACCACUCAUGUAGCUAUAUGUCUUGUCAUAUCGUGAGUGGAGCAUUGGAGCAUACUGUAGGGAGAACAAUCUGGGGCCACCUCCUGCCUCCUUUUGCCCCAGUGACGUCACAGGCGGACACUCCCUUUCCCCCAGCAGAGGGAGAAAGAUGGCGCCUACACACGUACUGAGAUGCUGUCAACGGGGUUUAGCAUGGAUACCUGUGAUUUUCAUCGCUCUGGUAGUCUGCUGGUCUUAUUACGCCUAUGUGGUGGAACUAUGUAUAUUCACCAUCCCCAGUAUAGGAGAGCAGAUUGUCUACCUGAUCUUCUUCCACCUCUCUUUCAUCAUGUUUGUAUGGUCUUACUGGAAGACCAUCUUCACCAAGCCUGCCAGUCCUUCGAAAGAGUUCUGCCUUCCCAAAGCUGAGAAGGAGCGUUAUGAGAAGGAAGAGAGGCCAGAGUCCCAGCAAGAAAUCCUGUGGAGAGCAGCCACCAGUCUGCCUCUGUACACCCGCACAGGAGCUGGAGCAAUCCGUUACUGUGAUCGCUGUCAAGUUAUCAAGCCAGACCGGUGUCAUCACUGCUCCGCAUGUGACAUGUGCGUGCUAAAGAUGGAUCACCAUUGUCCCUGGGUGAACAACUGCGUAGGAUUCUCCAAUUACAAGUUCUUCAUCCUCUUCUUGGCCUACUCACUGGUCUACUGUUUGUUCAUUGCUGCCACCGUGCUGCAAUAUUUCAUAAAGUUCUGGACAAACGAGCUGCCAGACACUCACGCCAAAUUCCAUGUCUUGUUUCUUUUUUUUGUGGCGGCCAUGUUCUGCAUCAGUAUUCUGUCCCUCUUCAGCUACCACCUGUGGCUUGUAGGGAAGAACAGGUCCACUAUAGAGGCGUUCAGAGCACCGGUCUUCAGGACGGGCUCCGAUAAGAACGGUUUCUCUCUAGGUUUCCGGAAGAAUAUAGCUCAGGUGUUUGGAGAUCAGAAGAAGUACUGGCCGCUGCCAGUCUUCACCAGUCAGGGAGAUGGUCUGACUUUCCCGACACGGCUGGUCAAUGGAGAUGCAGAGCAGGCCACAGUCACCCUGCAUCCAGAGCCUAAUAAAAGUGCUGCUGAUGUCCCAGUGAGCCCGCUCAGCGAGUCACAGAACCGCCUACUGAUCAACGACCAGCACGCCAACAACGUCGGAGACCAUGCGGCUAAUAACACCCUCAAAUCAGCUGACAGUGAAACCAUUACAAUCUCCAUGGAGAGCGAGUCCUAACCAGGAGAAACUCAGUCAUCUAAUACGAUGCCUUAAGCAACGCAACAGUUUAGUUUGUCACCAUGGAAACAGUCUCCCAGUGCAACCUCAUCCCCUCGGAUCCAUACAGAGUAACUAUGGAAAUGCAUUCCUUUUGCCUGUCACCGCACAGUAAUGCAUCUAUGGCAUUGGCAUUUUUCGCAUGCAGUGUCAUUAGCAAAUCUCACACCUGCCCCUAUAAGACAUAUGACACAAGCUUGUUCCCUCUCACACCAACGCAUACAAAUACACACACUCACACAUAAACUAGAAGUCACAUAUUCAGCUGUAUACAUUUUUUUUUUUUUUUCUCACAACCGGAGCAUUUGUUGAAGAUGAAGGACAACAUCUAAGAAUCCCAGAGGGAAUAGGAGCUACUUUUGGUGUUGAAUGAGUAAACUUUAUUUUUUGUGCCAAAAGCUUCCUGGGUGCACCAGGACUCACAUGGAUAGGCACAACGCUGCAGUGAAGAGCAGGGGCACAAGCUGGAGCAGUAUGUGUGUUUUUCAGCCAUUUUUUUUUUUUAGAAAGGCAAGCAGUACAUCCCGCAGAGAUGGCCUUAUUUUUGUUUUGUAUUUUAACAUGUUGGAGCUUAUGUAUGGCCUGCACCUUUUUUAAUACACCCAGGCUGUAUUACAGAGGACUCUAUUGCAUGGCUCAGUUGGACUGAACCACUGCAAAACAGGGAAGACUGUAGCUGGGAGGUUUGGAUGGCAUUUUGGAUAUCAGAGCACAAGGUGGCGCAUUUGCACUUUGUAGAUUAUCAAUGUCCAUCAAAGCUGCUUUUUAUCAUGUCCAAAAAGCACCCCAGGUAAAAUGAAUUUUGGAGGAUCAUGUGUUUCAUGGUGUAAUGUAUGAGUGUGUAUGUGCGAGUGAGUGUGUGUGUGUGAAUAUAUGUAACAGUUGAAGUGGAUUUUUUUUAAAGAGCUAACAAACUAAACUCUUUGUGUUUGUUUGUUUUUUGUGGCCAACUUGUGUUAAAACAUGCUGCUUAUAUUCAGACAGUUUGUCUUGGGAGAUGCAUUUCACACAGUACAAUAUGCAUCCUUCACUACCUGUUCUUUAGCCGAUCAGUGAUUCUUCACAAUGUUCCCGUCAGCCCACCGUGUCUACAGCCUGUUGUUUUUCUACAGCUCAGCGCUUUCAACCUUUACUAAAGACACCAACAUUCAUUGCCAAAUAAGGGCUGACCUGUCAGGAGCUCUGACCUCUGAACCUAAAGUGUUUACAACAUCCUAGCUUUAUCUUCGCCAGUGUCAUCAUAACCAAAUUGUAUUUACCAGUCGUUGAGGCGCAAUAUUUUAUACAAGGUUUAUCUGUCCUUCCUGCCUGUGGUGGGUCAUGAUGUCCUUGCGGUACCAGUACUGGCCACCAGGUGGCGACAAGGCUCCUGUCAUCUGGCCUCAUGCAGAUGGAGAGUUUUCUGUACCAUAGUAUAUCAUCAUAACAUCUGGCUCAGGGCUCAAUUCACUUUUAGUCUGGUUUGCAGGUGCAGCUUUCUUCAGAAUUCAAUAUUUUUCAUAACAAGGAAUUAAUAUGCAUUAUUUUUCUGUAAUAUCUCCAAAACCGGAAUUAAUUUGGAAAAAAAGUGAAUUGAAUCCAACUGAUCUUCUGUAAAAAAAAAAAAAAAAAAAAAAAAAUUAAAAAGUAAAGGUGUUGAGUUGAUCUUCUCCUCACCUUGUCUACGCUAAACAUUUUUGUGUUUGGGGAUUGGCAUCAGUGUUGUGACCUUGAACUACUAAAGGAGCCUUUAGUGAAUUGUCUUAUGUCCGUGCUGAACAACUGGGAUGUGACAGUGACUCUGAGGGUCUGACAAAAUAUCUGAACAUUUCUCAACGCACCAGAGAAAUUGUUAAACGGCGUCUUAUCCAUUUCACAAUAUGGGAUAUUUCAUUGGAGGAAUGGAGCAUUUUUGUAAGGACAACCAAAUAAAACUAGUUCAGGAAUGAGUUAUAUCCUUUUCCUAUGGAUUUUGUUAGUUAAUAUGCAACUUUCUGACUCAUGUUGGAGGGAGAUGGACCUAAAUCCACAGCGAAAAACCCUGAUGUCUCUCUGGUCACAUCCCUGUGACUGCGGGACAAGUCUAUUAUUAACUAGAUCCCAGACGACUCUGGUGAUGUACAAGUUUACAGCUGUUUCUAUUGUACAGAGUGAGUAAUGGUGGUGUUGUACGGUGUGUUUCUCAGUAAUCGUUGUCACAGUCGUGCUGAACGUACACAGAAAGAACAGUGAGGAUGUGUUGAUCCAUUGACGGAGAGUUUACGUUUUAACCUUCCAAUCAUGUUUAACCUUUUUGAGCCCAAAUGUAUUUAUAAUUACUUUUUACAAACCAGUGAUUGGAGGAUAUUUGUUAAUAUACUGAGUAAGUUCAUGAUGGGCUCAGCAUCAGACUCACACUUCUGAACCUCACACAUCAACAUUUAGUAAAAAAAAAAAAAAAGAUAUAUUCUAUACCAUCUAUAAGGAGCCUGGCUCGGUCUGCUCAUUACUUCUGGCCACUGAUUCUGAAACAUUGGACCUGUCUUGUUUUAUAAAUUGCCUCUAUUCAUUCUCUCUCUUUCUCUUUCUCUCUCUCUCUUUCUCUCUCUCUCUCUCUCUCUCCCUCUCUCUCUCUCGGCUGUUUGGCCUUGAAUCUAAAGUGCGCGUGUGUAUUUUGUAACGCUUAAUUGAGUGUUCUUUUGUAAUAUUGUCGUCUUGGGAGAAAUGCUUCUGUGUAGCCAUGAUAUUUUUUACACGUGUAUACACAUAACGUCUGACUAAUGCUCAAAAGCAUGGCACCUAACCACUGUAAACAUGUUUUACCAUGAUAACAGGGAUUAUGGUGUUAAAACAGACAUUGGGGUAUUUUCCAAGUAUAGCUACUGUAGGUGUGUCAUGUUUUCAAUUUGCUUUACUCUGGUCUGUCUCAACUUUAUAAAUGAAGCCAUAAAAACUACAAUGAAAACGGAGGAAGGAUCUGGAAAAAAAAGUCUAAUUUCUUCUUCUUUUUUAUAGACUUACAAAAUACUGUACAUCUGUUUUCACAGUGCAGAUGUAGCCUAUCAUAACUUGCUUAUUGCUACAUUUUGGUUUGUUUUUUGUUACAAUGUCCUAUUUUACAAUGUGUGUGUAUGUAUAUAUAUAUAUAUUGAUAAUGUAAGAAAAAGACUACAUAUAUAUUUUUCUUGUCUGAUUAAUUUUACUGUUCCUAUUUUGUGAAUGAAGUACACACCUCUACACAAUUAACGUGAAAAUAACAAUAAAUGUGUUUUUUUUAAAAACCU